UGUUCCGCCCCCACAACGGACGCUCCUAACAGGCGGCAGACGAGCCGGUUCUCUGACACUAUUCACUGCAGAGAGGCUGAGCUGCUCAGACACAGAAGAUACAGAUCAGAAGGAGGGAUAAUUAAAGGGUUACCUGCAAAGACCAGCUGUGGACACACCCUGGGAACUUGGCACCUGCAGCAUCCAUCAGCUCCAACAGGUUUUUGUCAUCACUCCUUCCUGGUAGACUUCCCUCUCCAGAUCACAUUUUCUUGGCGAAACUUCCUGCCGUCCACCAGUCCAUCUCCACCAUGGUGCUCUGCGAGGACGGCGAGUGCAGCGUCUGCCUGCUGCCCUACUCCCGGAUGGACAGGAUCCCUCGGGUGCUGCACUGCCGCCACACCUUCUGCGACCCGUGUCUGGAGACCAUGUCGCAGGUCAGAAGCGGCCUGAUGACCGUCGGCUGCCCUCUGUGCCGCCGGGUCACCUGCAUAGGUCGAGGACUCAGUCUGCAGGAAGCUCUGUGGGUCAAUAACAAACUGUGGGAGCAGAUACCAGAGGAGGAGGAGGAGGAGGAGGAAGAUGAGGAAGAGGGGGAUGGACUGAAGGGAAAAUCUGAGGAGGAGAGGAUGCAGGCUAAACAGCAGCCCUCAUCACAGGCAGGAUGUGUCUCCAUGAGAUCCAGCAGAACGAAGCUCAGACUGCCGGCGUUCUUCAGGAGGUUCAGCUGGACGAAGCAGCACCAAGAGAGGAUCAUCCCCGGAGGAAACGUGGAAAUGAAAUCCUGGCGCAGACUUUCAACUGAGUUUUAGAGAAGUUCUCAGGACUUUAUGUGUGGACGUUAAACACCACUAGAAGACCAGACUCAACUUUGUCAGUGGAUGAAAGUUGAGGACUGAGAAUCCAUUUGUGUUCAUGUCAAGAUGAUGUUUUGUCCUCAGCCAAAGGUUCCUCGUCUCCCCAUUAUUUAUUCUCGGCUUAAUUCUCCCAGCUGGUGCUGUGGGAUUUAGUUCAGCUGUCCCAGUGGGGCCAACACCCAGAUACCCCCCUCCCAACAGAUGGUCUCCUCUGUGUUUGAACCCUAAACAUCAUAACUUAUUCUCUUUUUAAUUUAUAAUAGCUAGCUGACAAAGUAUUUAAUAAAACUAUUUUUGAAAUGA